GCACCGCUGCUAAAGUGUACAAAUAAGACUAAGCUCUAGGGUUCUGAUCAUUCGCAGAAUAUCCGUAAAGUUGGCAAGAUGUUCAAAGUGUUGGUUCUGUUUCUCCUGGUAGCCUUGCAUAUCGUUUGGAUACAGGCGGACUGUAAUGUGUGCCAGUCGAACGGAGCCUCCUGCAUCAACCAGACGGCAUAUAACCUGUGCUUCGGAGGCACUGAGCCGAACACCAAUCAGACCUUCAUCUGCACCGAUGGCCUGGUGUGCACGGAUCAGCCCGUGAUCUGCUUCCAGCGAAGCGAGACUCCGGCCAGUUGUGGCGAUACGGACAGCUGUGGCCAGUGUGCUCCAAACUACACCUUCGCCUGCACCUCGCGCUCCACAUUCGCUUUCUGCUUUGGCGCCACCACACCCACAAAUGUGACGGGAAGCUGUCCAGAUGGUUACUUUUGCGACGCUUCCACCCAGGAGAUCUGCGUGACCAAGGCUACCGAUGAUUCCAUCAUUUGCCACUUAAACUAG